AUGAGCAUUUACCUCGUUGCGAUCCCAUUAGUGUCGCUGCUCCUCCUCAAAGGAGUCUUGACCCUCUUUCGGCAUUUGCACUCGGAUCUGAGAUCCGUGCAAGGCCCUCGUACCGCCCGAUGGACACUUGGCUGGUAUAUUUGGAAAGUCUCGCAAGGUUCUUUCGAGCAUUUCAACCGUGAUCUCCACAAGAAAUACGGCUCUGUCGUUCGCUAUGCGCCCAACCGCUACAGCUUCAGCGACCUCGAGGCAGUUAAAUUAAUCUACGGUCUGGGUACCUCGUUCCCCAAGUCCCCAUGGUACAUACCCUGGGGCAACCCCGGGGAUAACAAUCUGUUCAACGAGCGAUCGUUGGCCAAGCAUGCGCACGAUCGAAAAGAAUAUCAGUCCACGUGCUCCAUGUCUUCCCUGGUCAACUACGAAGCCUUUGUUGACGAGUGUGCCAAGCUGCUAAAGAAUCGCCUCUCGGAACUAUAUGCAGCAGGUCAGGCGGUAGACAUGCAUCAUUGGUUUCAAUGCUAUGCUUUUGAUGUUAUUGGUAUGAUCACUUAUGGAAAGCGUCUGGGCUUCCUCGACAAGGGAGAGGAUGUAGCCCAGUCGCUGGAUGUAACCGCAAGGCUUCCUUGA